AUGCCUGCGCUGGAGCCCUUUGGCUGGAAUGACCGCGCCAGGAAGAAGAUCCGCGUGUCCGAGGCCGAGCUGGGCGCGGCGUUCCGGCGCGCGGAGGAGCUGGAGGAGGAGGCGCCCGCGAGGGAGCAGCCGGCCCCGUCGCGGCUGCGCCAGCAGCUGGAGGACUCCAAGGCCAAGUGCCUGAGGCUCUCGCGUGAGGGCGCGCUGCUGGCGGAGGCCGACCGCCUCGCCGAGGCGCUGCGGCGGUGGGAGGACGCGCUGUCGUUCGCGGAGGACCCCUCGGAGCGCGCGCCGCUCUUCGAGCAGACGGCGCAGGUUCUGCAGCUGCUGGAUCGCCACUACGAGGCCGUCCAAGCGGCCGAGAAGGCCGUCGGCUGCAGGCCGCUGUGGCACGUCGCGCACCUGACACUGGAGGGGCCGAAGUGGGGCACGCACGCAGCAAGCAGCAGGUGUGGGUCGCAGGUGUGGUUCGCGGGCUUGUCGCGGGGCGACUGCGCGGCGUGGGGCCACGCCUUCAACAACGACAAUCGCCGGGCGGCUGCGUGGCGGCGCGACGGUUGCGAGCCGCGCCCGAGCAGACACAGUGAGGCGAUCGGGCUCGUGGACGGUCUCCGCAUGGAGGUCGAGGGACUUCGGCGUGAUGUCCGCGCAGUGGCGCCGCACCCUUCGCGGGAGACUGGCUCCGCGAGCCCCGAGGUGGGGCUGGAUCCGAUCUUGCAGCAGCUUGAGAGCUUGAAUUUCGCGUUCAACCAUCUUCUGGGCUGCUGGACGCCCCGGCCCGCGACUGGCCAGUCCAAAGAUCUUCGUGCCGCCAAGCCGGUCCAGGCACUGGGGCGGAACCGCAGCGUGCGGGCUGGGAAGGAGGCGUUGGCGGCGGCCUUGGCGCGGGGACUGGCGGGGGCGGAGUUGCGGAUAGAGGAGGCGGCUCUUUGGGAGACGGCGGUGGCUGUGGUUGUGGCGGAGGGUUUGGCGGGAACGCUGGGCGUGGCGGAGGCGGAGGCGGACGGGGAGGUGAAGGCGGCUCUGGCGAGGUUGGCGGGGGUGGCGGCGUGGGUGGCAGAGGCGGAGGGGGAGGUGGAGGCGGCACUGGUGAGGGAUGCGGAUGCGGAGGUGACGGCGGCGUGGGUGGUGGAGGCGGGGGCGGAGACGCCUUUGGAGUCGCCGAGUGCCGAGCCAGGUGGCCUCGAUCACGGUAUGGAUGUACUCGGCGGCGCGUCAGCUGGCCAGCUUCCCGAGUGGCCGGUCAGCGAGGGCACGCCAGGCAGUUCCAUCUCCAACCCACGGACACCCGCUGCCACAGGCCAGCUGCUCCAGCGCAAAACGAUCGGUGAAGGCAUACUGGAGGCGUCGGCUUUGGCGCAGCAGGUGCCGCUGCCUGAGGCGGUCCUGACUGGGACCUCGGUGCAUGAUUCCUUGGCACGCAGCGCCACCAUCCCGCUGGCGUACCAGCCGCUGCAGGCGUCUCCCGGGCAUCGCUUCAGGAGCGAGGCGUUGCCGGUUGCGGGAGGCGCACCAGCUGUGGAGGCCUAUGACGUCCCAGUGCUUGACGACGAGGACAGUGACUCCGACCCAUGA